AUGAGAGAAGAUGCUGUAGUAGAAGUUAUCAGAUACGAUGAGGCAGUAAUACAAUAUGGAAAUCAUUUGUGUAGAAAAUACACGUCAGAACAUCAUGCAGCUCAAGUGAGAGCCCAAUUAAGAGCAUUCGGAAAACUGAUAUUGACUGCCAAAGAAAUCGAUUCGAGCGUGAGUAAUAUGUAUGAUCUUCUUGAUGCUAGGAACGUUCCUCUCAUCAUUGAGGCGAUUAAUAAAAUAGCAGGUUUAGAUAGCAAAACUGGUCUAUAUAGAGCACCAGCUGCUACGUCGCUCGGAACAGAGUUGAAAAGAAUUUGGUACAUAUUCGGUGAACCCUCUCAGUAUCACGCACAAAAAACAUUCCAAGCUUGUUCUUUGAUCAGAAAACUUUCUGAAGAGUCAGGAAUUCCGAACAGCGAAUUGAUGAGAACAAGAUUGCUGAGACAACAUUUAGCUACGGAAACGGCAUCUCAUAAUAUUGAUUCUAAGCUAGAGAACCGAUUAUCAGAUUUCAUGUCUCACAACAGAAAAAUUCAUGACGUGCAUUAUGUUCUAACUAAGAAAAAAGAUGACAUCAUGAAGGUGUCCACUCUGUUGGAAAAUUUCUCAUCAACAAAGAAUUUACCGUCGACGUCUUGUAAUUCAGAAAAUAUGGCAGAAAAUAACAGACUUUCAAAUUCAGAACGUACAACGUCGAAUGUUGAAGAGGAAUCUAACUAUGAACUAUCCAGUUGCAGUGACUCAGAAAACGAAGAAGAAAAUCUCUCCCAAGCGGAAAUAAACUUGAUUUUAGGUAAAAAAUCUAGACGUGUACCAUGGAGUAAAAGAGAAAUACAACUUCUUCAAGAGACCUUCAGUCCUGAAAUAGAUCACAAUGAGGAAAUCUCGAAAUCUAAAGUACAGGAGUUUUACUACAAAAACAGAGUUGCGAUGAAUAGGCGUACGCCUCAUUUAAUUAUUCAGAAAAUCAAAGCAGAGCAGAAGAAAAAUAAGAUGAUGCGUGAAAACUUGAAACCAAAGAAAGAAAGAUACAGCAUAGAAGAACAGGAAGUGUUAGAAGAAACAGUUGCUCGUCACCUGCAAGAAGGAUCAUAUCCUAGUCUAAGAGAAUGUUCUUAUGUAAUAGAAACGAAUGAAGUGUUGAGUUCAAGGUCUCCGUCAGCUGUGAAAACAUUCGUUUACAAUAGUAUUAAAAAAAGGAGAUCUAUUUAA